UCAGGACUGUGACGUUACUCUGUACACUCAGAACCACAGGCUCGGACUGUUAUUGUUCGGUUUGAAGAGUUUGGGGGCUGGUCGGCGCUUUGUUUUUAUUUUUGGGGGGCCGUGAGCUACCGCGAGCGGGCUAAUUCCACUCCAAUACCACUACCUGCAUACCUGGGCGGAGGUUUACUUUAACAACAGAGCGCCGUUUGUAUCCGGUUAGUGGUAGGCGAGCGAGUGAGGUCCCAAAGUAGCCGAUGGAUGCGCGGGUAUCGGAGUUAUUUGGCUCAGGAAAUGGACACUGCUCUGGAUCUCAAGCGUCCAACGUCAAGUCGGGAAAUGGCUUCGGGGUGGCCCCCAAAAAAGCGUGCGUAAAGAACAACAUGAAAGCCAAUAAGGCUCGGUUCUCCCGCAACUUCAAACCGAGCAACAACACCCCGUAUGUGCUACCUCCGGAGGCUGAAGAGGGAAACAUAGAGUACAAGCUGAAGCUGGUGAACACCACACAAUACCGCUUUGAGCACCUGGCCACACAAAUGAAAUGGCGACUGCAGGAGGGUCGAGGCGAAGCUGUCUAUCAAAUAGGGGUCGAGGACAAUGGGAUGCUGGCGGGACUUUCAGAGGAAGAUCUGAGGACAUCACUGAAUACGCUCCAUAGGCUGGCAGAGAAGGUUGGCGCCGACAUCACCGUUCUCCGAGAAAGAGAGGUGGACGAUGACUCUGAUGUGCCUCGAAAGAUUGCCGAAGUUCUCAUUCGCAAAGUGCCGGAUGACCAGCAGUUCUUGGACCUGCGAGUAGCUGUUCUGGGUAAUGUGGACUCGGGCAAGUCCACUCUGUUGGGGGUUUUGACACAGGGUGAGCUGGACAAUGGACGGGGAAGAACAAGGCUCAACCUCUUCAGGCACCUACAUGAGAUCCAGACUGGACGCACUUCAAGCAUCAGCUUUGAGAUCCUCGGCUUUAAUAGUAAAGGAGAGGUUGUGAAUUACAGCGAGUCUCGGACAGCAGAGGAGAUUUGUGAGAGUGCCUCUAAAAUGAUCACGUUCAUUGAUCUGGCGGGUCACCACAAGUACCUUAAGACCACCAUCUUUGGCCUCACCAGCUACUGCCCGGAUUUCGCUAUGCUGGUCGUCAGCGCAAAUACUGGCAUUGCUGGAACGACCCGGGAGCAUCUUGGACUGGCCAUGGCCCUGAAGGUGCCCAUCUUCAUCGUCAUCAGUAAGGUGGACCUCUGUACGCGCGCCACCGUGGAGCGCACUGUGCGGCAGUUGGAGCGUGUCCUAAAGCAGCCGGGCUGUAACAAGGUGCCCAUAGUUAUUAGCAGUGCGGACGAUGCCGUCACAGCAGCACAGCAGUUCGCCCAGUCGCCCAACAUCACGCCCAUCUUGACCUUGUCCAGUGUGUCUGGCGAGAGUCUAGACUUGCUCAAGGUCUUCUUCAACAUCCUCCCUCCUCUCAGCAACAGCAAGGAGCAGGAGGAGCUUAUGCAACAGCUAACUGAGUUUCAGGUGGAUGAGAUCUACACGGUGCCAGAGGUGGGGACUGUGGUGGGAGGGACUCUGUACAGUGGUAUUUGCCGUGAGGGGGAUGAUCUUGUAGUAGGGCCCACAGACUCGGGCCAUUUCCACAAGUUGACCAUUGAGAGCAUCCAAAGGAACCGCUCGGCAUGCAGGGUACUCAGAGCCGGCCAGGCUGCCACACUCGCCCUGGGAAACUUUGACCGCUCACUACUACGCAAGGGCAUGGUGAUAGUGAGUCCAGAAAUGGAUCCUACCAUCUGCUGGAUGUUUGAGGCUGAGAUUGUGCUGCUCUUCCACGCCAAGACCUUCCACAAGGGCUUCCAAGUUACUGUGCACAUUGGCAAUGUGAGACAGACUGCCACUGUGGAAGCUGUAUACGGCAAGGAGGAGCUGAGGACAGGGGAGAAAGCAGUGGUUCUCUUCAAGUUCAUCAAGCACCCGGAAUACCUGAAGGUGGGAGCUAAGAUGCUCUUCAGAGAGAGCGUGACUAAAGGUAUCGGCCACGUCACCAAGUUGCAGCCCAUCGCCCAGUACCGGCUAUCCCACAGCGAGGAUGACGAAGCCUAAAGUCUCUUGGAGAAAACAACAAAAAAAACACUGUCCCGCCCCAAAAACAGGUGCUUUAAAAAACCUUUUGCUUUCUCCGAAGGCCACUCUGUCCUGUUCCCCUGCACAGAAGAUUGUUGUUUUAUCACCCUUUUCCAAAGCCUAUGUUGUCACCAUCCUCCUCAUUCGUCGUCCCCCCACCGAGCCUUUUUAACUGACUGCAUCCUAACACACACACACACACUUGCACUGAAACAUAACAACAUGCCAGUGUUGAAAUACCUUCGGCGGAUAAUUGUUAACGAACAGUUGCAAGCGUGCGAUGCUUGGACAUGGAAGGUGUAUCACCGUUGUCAUCGCCCCACAGCAGCUCGUCUGCGUGACCACUGACCAGCAUAGUGCCUCACUGGUAAGGAUAAGCCUCGCUGUAUUUUUAAUACGCUGCCCUUUUCUUAGUAACCACACAUUAAUUAUCUGGGAUAAUAGUCAAAUGUGGUGCUCAGACGCAGCUCGUCAGCUGUAUGUAAAUUAAACCACCUCGCUUCGAGCUAUUAUAUAGCUGACAGGCGCACUUUCUGAACGUCAAGAGAGAGUAUUGGGAUGUAUGCAAAGGUCAGCCUGCCAACAUAGCUCAGAUUGGCAAUCGCGUUGUACGUUUUUUUUUUUUUAUUCACAAAUAAUGCCUCGUGCAGUAAGAUGGUAAUGAUCUUGCUGCCUGUCUUUUCAAGUGCUUUCGUUACUCAGGUAAAUUUAGAUUUUGUGACAGACAAGUCCUCUCACAGAACUACUCCAGUGGAGGUUUCUGCUACUGACUUGAGGGGGUAAAGGAGGUUUGAGGUAAAAUAAAAAUAAAAAGUAAUGGUCUUUCUCCCAAAGAGGUGUUACACAUUAUAUAGUAUGGGAAGCUUUGUUUUAAAGAAAUGAUGUUUGAAGAACUUGUUGUCGUCUGUUCGUUUAAGUUACUGAUGUCACUGAAUCAGUGCCUAAUGGAACUACCGCUUGAGUAGCCGACCAUUACACCCCAAAGUUGUACAACUUAGUAAAGAAAUGUAAUUAAGUUGCUGGGUGCUAUUCCUCGAAACAGCUUUUUGAUAUUUAGAAGACGGCCUUAAAAAUUAAUGUUAAUUGUUACUCUGUGUUCAUGUCUUACUAUAUAGCAUGUUUGUAUGACUUAUACAUAAUUUGUUGUCCCACAAACACCAAUGAGGACAACUGAAAUGUGUGGCAUGUUUUGUUUCACCCGCGUUGUUGUUACACACAUUUUUUGUGCACUAAAAAACUAAGAACUUAUUUCAACCAAAAUGUGUAUAGCCUUUAUGGAGAGUAUCAGGUGUUGGUUAGUUUUUUUGCAUCUGAGAAGUAUUUUAUAGACUUUUCGUAGUUCCAGAUUUUACAAUAUAUUCAAUUAUGUUUUUCACUGUUCUCACGUUCCUAUUGGCAGCAACACGCUUCCACGUUUUUAAAAUCACGUUUAAGACCUUUUCCCUUUUUAAAAAAUGUAUUAUUUUGAUUAUUUUGGUGAAAUGCAAUCUUUAUGUACAUAUCUAAUUAGUGUAUCAUGUUGUACAUUAAUUAAAGUUGUAUUGUCUCUUUA